AUGUCACAAUUUUUGGAUCCUUCGGAGCCAAGCCAGUGGAAGACCAUGGCCGCAAGCAAUUUCGCGAGCACAGCCCAGCCUGUUCUUCAGACGCUGCAGCAAGGACUAGACGAGGCUGUCAAUGCGUGGCGUGUAGAGGGGUUGCUGUCGUGGCCUACCGUGUAUCUCCUCACCACGGCUGUCUUGACAUACUGGACCGUCUUGAUAGGGCAUCGAUUGUUUUUGCACCCUUUGGCUGGUAUUCCUGGCCCUAAAUUCGCGGCAUUGACCUAUUGGUACGAGAUCUACUAUGAUGUCUGGCUGGGUGGCCAGUACUUUCGCAAAGUUAAACAGAUGCACGAGAAAUAUGGCCCUAUUGUACGAAUCAACCCUGAUGAGGUGCACUUCAAUGACCCCGACUUUAUCGAGCCUCUCUAUCCGAGCGCCAAGCGCAAAACCAAUAAGUCUGUCAUGACAGGUCGUCGCACUGGAACCCCCAACUCUCUCGCCGGAACCGCAGACCAUGACACCCAUCGCCUUCGCCGGGGCACCAUCUCCGGCUUCUUCUCCACCGCGAGCAUUCGCCGCCUCGAGCCCAUCAUGAAGGCCGACAUGCACAAGCUGCUAGACCGGAUGCACGAGGCUGGCAAGACAGGCGAGGUGCUCAAGUUUCACUUCGUCCUCAAAGCAUGCGCCUGCGACAUUGUCACCCAGUACGCCUUUGGCACCUCGUUCAACUUUCUCGGCGAAAAGGACUUUGCCGCGCCGUACAUUGAGGCCACUGACGUCUUCCACUUUUUCAACCACGCCAUGUGCCACUUUCCCAUCGUGGGCUACCUGCUCGGAACAUCGCCAGACUGGCUCAUCAAGGCCGUGUUUCCUGGUCUUACUGAAAUGUGGAACAAGAAAACCAUGUGGCUUGACGAGGUCGAAAAGAUUCGCAGCUCUCCUAACCCGGAACGCAUCAAGAGCACCAUCUUCGAGGGUGUCCUCGGCAGCAAGCUCCCCGACGAGGAAAAGACCAACGCGCGCCUCGCGCACGAGGCCCAGCUCGUCGUCUUUGCCGGCCAGGGCACCACCGCAUACACCCUUAGCGCCGCCAUCUACCAGCUCCUCGCCCACCCGGACGAGCUGGCCAAGGUGAAGAAGGAGCUCGCCGGCGUGGCCACCGACGACGGCGGCGUCCCUUCGUACUCCCAGGUCGAGCACCUGCCAUACUUCCAAGCCGCCAUCCAAGAGACGCUGCGUCUGCACCCCGGUGUCGUGGCCCGUCUGCCGCGCGUCUCACCCACCGAGCCUAUCGUCUACGAGGACAAAGCUCGCGGCCGCUCGUACGUCGUCCCCGCGGGCACCACCUACAGCAUGACGGCACAGAUUGCGCACACCAAUGAGGCUGUCUUUGCGGACGCGGAAAAGUUUGUUCCGCAGCGAUGGAUCGACAACCCGAGACUGGAUCGAGCCUUUAUUGGUUUUGCGAGAGGCACUCGUAACUGCAUCGGUAUGAAUUUUGCCAAGCAAGAGCUAUCCAUUAUCUUGGCGACAAUCCUUCUCAAGUACGACUUGUAUCGCCGCCAAGCCGGCCCUACGCUCGAGUUGUACGAGACUACCCGUGAGCGAGACAUUGAUUGUGUCCGCGACAUGAUUAUCCCCUUCCCUGCUGCUGGCAGUCCCGGGCUUCGACUUAAAAUCCGAAACUAG